AUCUUGAUAAUAACCUUGAUGCAAAUAUUGAAUCGCUUAAUAUUGAUGAUAAUUUUUAUGAUAAUGUAAAUAAAAAAUUUGACAGAGAUCUUGAUAAUAAUCUUGAUGCAAAUGUUGAAUCUCUUGAUGAUUUUGAUGAUAAUGUAAAUGAAAAAUUUAACAGAGAUCUUGAUAAUAACCUUGAUGCAAAUGUUGAAUCUCUUGAUCUCAACAAUGAUUUUGAUGAUAAUGUAAAUGAAAAAUUUGAUAGAGAUUUUGAUAGUAGUCCUAUAUUGUCUGAAGUAGAUGCUGAACAACAUAUUAAAGCCUAUGCAAUAAAAUAUGGUUUCGCUACAAGGUUAAGUCAUACAGAUAAAAUUUUGGAGUUUCUUAUCAAAGCAAAAAUUGUUUGUUGUCGUGCUAGAGCCCCAA